AUGGCUCAACGGGCCCUCCUUUUCUCUGCCUUGAUGGUAGCUGCUCGUGCCCAGCAGGCUGGCACAUUGACUACCGAAACCCAUCCAUCCCUUACCUGGGAGGAGUGCACUUCUAGCGGCAGUUGCACUGAGCAGUCUGGCUCAGUUGUUAUCGACGCCAACUGGCGUUGGGUGCAUUCGACCGAUGAUUCCACGAAUUGCUAUACUGGCAAUACGUGGGAUGCCACCCUUUGCCCCGAUGACACUACCUGUGCCACGAACUGCGCCCUAGAUGGCGCGGACUAUGAAUCUACAUACGGUGUGACAACCGAUGCAGAUGCACUGACUCUGGGAUUCGUCACUGGCUCCAACGUCGGCUCGCGACUGUUCUUGAUGGAGGAUGACAGCACCUACCAGACCUUCAAACUUCUGAACAACGAGUUCACCUUCGAUGUGGAUGUUUCCAAUCUCCCAUGUGGACUUAACGGUGCCCUAUACUUCGUUUCCAUGGACUCGGAUGGAGGCAUGUCCCAGUACACGAACAACACUGCUGGUGCCAAGUACGGUACUGGAUACUGUGAUUCUCAGUGCCCCCGGGACCUGAAGUUCAUCAAUGGUCAAGGCAACGUCGAUGGCUGGGUCCCUUCAACCAGUGAUUCCAACUCUGGAAUUGGCAACCACGGCUCUUGCUGUGCAGAGAUGGACAUCUGGGAAGCGAACAGCAUCUCCACUGCUCUGACCCCUCACCCUUGCGACACUGCUAGCCAGACUAUGUGCGAGGAAGAUGACUGCGGUGGCACGUACUCAAGCAGCCGCUACGGUGGAACCUGCGAUCCAGACGGAUGUGACUUCAACCCCUACCGCAUGGGCAACGCCAGCUUCUUUGGACCGGACAAGAUCGUCGAUACCAACUCGAAGAUGACGGUCGUCACGCAAUUCAUCACCGAUGAUGGUACCGACACCGGAACACUCAGCGAGAUCAAGCGUAUUUACGUCCAGGACGGUGUGGUGAUUGCCAACUCGGCAUCUGAUGUUAGCGGGGUCUCCGGAAACUCGAUCACGUCGGACUUCUGCACAGCACAGAAGACCGCAUUCGGGGAUGAGGAUAUCUUUUCCCAGCAUGGCGGUAUGUCUGGCAUGAGCAAGGGAUUGGAGCAGGGCAUGGUGCUUGUUUUGAGUUUAUGGGAUGACCACUAUUCCGAUAUGCUCUGGCUGGAUAGCGAUUACCCGACCAACGCGACCGCCUCGGACCCUGGUGUUGCGCGUGGUACUUGCUCUACUUCGUCUGGCGCGCCGAGUGACAUCGAGUCUGCGUCUGCUUCAGCCAAUGUGGUCUUCUCAGGCAUCAAGUUUGGUCCUAUCGGAUCGACAUAUUCCUCAUAA